GGUUUUUGCUCCUAUUCGCAAGACAUUUCCAUUGAAACGCUUGCUUGGAUAAGACCGCCACAAGAGCACAGCCACAAUGGCAAACGAAAUUCAAGCGGAUCUCCGCCUUCCUUUGCCGGCAAGCAAGGAAAAGGAAAGUUAACCAACCAACCAGCCCACCAUCCACCCAUCAUCUAAAUAACAAUGAAGACAAAAUAUGAGAUUUUUCUAUUAAAUGUGAAAAAAAAAUUUAACACUUUUCUCAAAUCGGAUUUUAAACGCUUGCGAGGAGUCAAUGUCGCGCGCCCCAUAGUGUCAUUUGACUGGGAAUUUAAAAUGGAAUGGAAUUAAAUGAAAUAAGCGUGCCAAUGUUUUUGAGAAUUACGUCUUCGGUUGUCUGUCUGUCUGUCAGUCGGUAUGACGGUCUAUUGUGUUUAUAAAGUGUUUUUAAAAAUCGACUUAAAUGGAAAUUAAUGCAGUGAGCAAGACAAACGAAAACCAAAAACAAGACCAGAAUUGCUAAUGAACCCUUUCUUAAAAAAUAAAGUGACGAAAAUGUGUCGAAAUUCAAAACUAAAGUCACAUGCAUCAUUUAACUAAAAAGUUUCGUGAAGAUAAGGUCACUGGAAUACAAAGGCAACCCUGAAGCAUUAAAAGAAAAGCUCAAAGAAAAAGAAAAAUAUGCCUCAACAAUAGCUUAAAAAAAAACAUGUAUUAAAACUUUUUGACUCAGAAAAAAAGAACAACCAGUUAAUACCCAAAAAUGUACAAAAGAAAGGUUUUUAUGUGAGGACAACAAUAAUUAAGUCGAAAGGUAAAAAAAAAGAAAAACAAACUAUACAACAGCUGAGAAUACCUGUGAAUUUCAACCAGAAAAAAAAAUUACAACCUAUUUUUGUUUGCUUUAAUUAAUUCCACAUAUUAAAUAAUACAAAAUAGUGACCACAACAACAACAACAACUACCAGCUACUAGACAUCACAAUAAUAUUAGCCUACCUAAACCACUGCAUCACAAAAUGUCGUAACGUUACUUCCCUCCACUCUGAAUAAAAGCAGCAGAUUCCAUUUUUUUGUUUUUAUUAAGAAGUCGAUACACAAACAAAACUCACAGUUCAAUGUUUGUUCUGUGGUUCCAUUACAAUAACUAAGUACCUGUCCGGCAUGAUUUCUUAGUUGGAAAUUCCAAAACAAAAAUCGAAACAAAAAUUCUUCUUAAAACGACAACAAAACGCCAACUGUAAAUAACAAAAUUACAACUGAUUGCUGUAACUCGGCGGCUGAAAUGGAAAUUAGAAAUUAGUUGUAGCUGUUGAGUAGAAAGCGCAGAAUCUGGGAACAAGAACGCCAGCCGCCUCGACUCACUAUUGAAUUCAAAUUUGAAUUAAUGGUGAACACAAAACUAACAAAACAACAAAUUAACUGAAAUACAGCAACAGCAUCAGUCAUCCCAGGCAGCGCGUGCACCAGCAGCAGCAACAGCAUUAGCGUGAAAACAACAAAUAUUCUAAAAUUGCAACGAAGCAUAUCGCAACUGCAUCAGCAUCAGCAGCAACAUCAUCAUCAUCCUCAUCAGCAACAAAGGCAUCACAGCAGAAAUAGCAACAACAACAACAACAAACUAUUAGUAAACAAGUAGUGAAAUACGAGUAAAUGCACUUUUUACAUUCCAUUUUGAAAGAUUACUUUGUUCGCCCAACAACAGCUUAACAACAACACUUAAAAAUCAUAUUUUCGUUUGUUCACUCACAUCUGAAAGUGAAUGUCGUCGUCAUCGUUGAAAGUGUUUGUUUUCUAUCUGUGAUCCGGUUUCAAUUUUUCAAUUGGGACCAUUCUCUGCUCCUUUUUGGAAAGAGUCUAAACAACUUAAAGUAGAAAAUCUCUACACUGAGUACCUUGCAGAACGCUUGUGCGUGGGCGUUGCAUUCAAGCUUGCGCAUACCUUUGACAUUACUUCCUGCGUCUGGGAGUUCCCUGCAACUCGCAAAAAUUGCUCCCAUCAACAUCAACCACAUCAGUGAUAAUAUUCCCUUUAAAAUGCGCGUUAAGGUUGGCAAACGGAUAUGGCUGCGCAAGAGACGAUCGAAACGUGCGGAUAGUUUUCCCAAACCAAGUGAAGUAACAGAAGGUGCCUUACAAGUAUGGCGUGCGUUACCAGAACGCAUUCGUCAGGAUCCAAGCUUAGCAUCCUUCCGCCAGGAACAUGAGCGAUUACAUGGUUAUGAACCUCCCGAUGUUGAUCCCUUGCCUAAUGACGAUACCGACGACCACGACCACAACAAUGGCAAAAUUGCUGAUGGUGGGGGCGGUGUCAUCUUCUGUGGCAGUGGCCACAAUAAAAAUGCAAAUGCUUUUUCGCCAAUUGGCAUUAAUGUCACAAAUGAAAUGGGACAAGUUCGCAUUUUAGACGGGCGAGAUGUGGAGAAUAACAAUGAGGAUCAACAGGAUGAGACAGAGCACCAUGGUCAUUCCAAGCUUAAAAAAUAUUUAAUAUGGUUUAAGAUAGCCAUACUGCUCGUGGUUUGGGGUGUAUUCACAGCAUUUUUGAUGUCCACAAACGAGCAUGUGGAUGAGCUGAAGCUGAUAAGCAUACCAAAGAAUGGCACGGAGAGAGUUUUCCCCAUCUCGACCGCUGAAUUGUCACGAAUAGGUUUACACCUGACUGGAGCUUUUCGUCUUCAAGAGGCUGAUGCUGUCAAAGACACACUGCAACGACCGCCACCACGGCUGGAAAUCUUUGUGGAACGUACCUACUACAAUGAGUCCGGCGAGAAGGCUUUUGACGAGAUUGUUUCAAAACUCUGGAUCCUUGAUCUGGUCUAUCCCGAGUUUAUGGAUUCAACGCGUGAGACACACAAGGCAUUUCAAUUCCAAAUUGAGCCACUAGAUGGCGAUUAUGCCAACAACACUAAUCUCACUGAACUGACGCUGCAUUUUGUGUCAAACAUAGACGCGGAACUCCCCCUUCAACUGAGCAUUGAUGAGUCGCCGAUUUACAAGAAAGAGGGUGUGAUCUAUGCUGCCGUGGUACUUUGUGGUCUCUACGUCAUGAUCAUAUGGGAAAUUGUGAAUCGUACCUUUGCAGCCAUUAUAGCCUCCACACUAUCGGUGGGUAUUCUGGCUGCUUUGAAUUCGCGUCCCUCUAUGGUCACCAUCAUGGGUUGGAUUGAUGUGGAGACAUUGCUACUGCUCUUCGGUAUGAUGAUUUUAGUGGCAAUUCUCUCAGAGACUGGUGUUUUUGACUAUUUGGCUGUGUACGCUUAUAAGAUCACCAAUGGCCAUGUAUGGCCACUGAUCAAUUGUCUGUGUUUGUUUACGGCAAUAUUGUCAUCCUUCCUGGACAAUGUGACCACGGUUUUGCUGAUGACACCUGUUACCAUACGCCUUUGUGAGGUUAUGUCUCUUAAUCCGGUUCCUAUAUUAAUGUGCAUGGUCAUCUACUCGAACAUUGGUGGAGCCUUGACCCCAGUAGGCGAUCCUCCAAAUGUGAUCAUUGCCUCGAACAGCUUUAUAUCGAAAAAUGGUGUCAACUUUGCCAUCUUUACUCUGCACAUGUUACCCGGUGUGAUAUUGGUAAUGUUCACCUCCUAUGUGCAACUGCGUUACAAGUUCCGUAAUAUCGCCGACCUGCAAUUCAAGGAAUCUCCCGAAGUGGAAGAACUGCGCCAUGAAAUACAUGUAUGGAAGAGGGCUGCGGCAAGUUUGUCCUCGUACUCCAAGGAUGAGGAACUGGUGCGUCAAACGCUGAUGAAAAAAGUUAAUCGUUUGAAGCGCUCCUUAAAGAAAAAAAUGUCCGCAGCUGUGGAACCAGCCAUCAAUUAUCAGCAAACCUUAGAGAAUUUACAAGCAAAGUAUCCCAUUCGUAAUAAGCCUUUGCUCAUCAAAUGCUCUUGUGCCUUGGUGUUUGUGAUAAGUCUCUUCUUUUUGCAUUCUGUUCCUGAACUUCAACGCCUUUCACUCGGUUGGACUGCUCUUUUGGGUGCCAUUUUCCUUAUCAUAUUAGCCGAUAUCGAGGACAUGGAAGCGAUAUUGGCCCGAGUGGAGUGGUCAACUCUGCUCUUCUUUGCCGCUCUCUUUAUUUUAAUGGAGGCUUUAUCUGAGUUGGGCUUAAUCGAGUGGAUAGGCAACAUGACGGAGAGCAUAAUUCUGGGUGUGGGUGAGGAAUCACGUCUGAUGGUGGCUGUGUUAAUUAUUUUAUGGGUCUCUGCCAUAGCUUCUGCCUUUGUCGACAAUAUACCCCUGACCACAAUGAUGGUCAAAAUAACCAUAUCAUUAGCUCAAAACACAGCGCUUAAACUUCCCUUGCAGCCGUUAGUUUGGGCGCUAGCGUUUGGAGCAUGUCUGGGAGGCAAUGGUACUCUCAUUGGUGCUUCGGCGAAUGUGGUCUGUGCCGGUGUUGCAGAGCAACAUGGUUACAAAUUUACAUUCUUGCAAUUCUUUAAGGUUGGUUUCCCCGUGAUGAUUGGCAGCAUAAUAGUGUCAACUGGGUAUCUGUUAGUGAGUCAUGUACUCUUCGCAUGGCAUUGAUGAAUGGCCUAAAGGAAGAGUUGCACCCAAGCAGGUGAAAUCUUCUGGAAUGACCGGCAUCAACAAAAACCUAAGUGUAGUUGCAAAAUUUACCUCGUAUAAAUGUUAAACAUUUUUUUAACAAAACAAAUUAGCAAGUGGAACUAUGUAACAAAAGCGUUAAUUAAGCGUAAGUCCCUAAGGACAAAAACACCACAAAUAAUUCAAAGAAAAUCAAGAAACGCCAGAGUUACUAACAACGAGCUUCAAACAGAGCUUUGAUUUGGCUUUGAGUAUCAAGAUGCUGAUGUUGGAACCCUAACGACACAAACAACAACAAUAAAACGAAAUUAAAAUCCGAGCUCUUGGGAGUCAAAUACAAACUGACCCACAAUAAAUGCCAUGAUGUGAAAAUUGUAGAUUUAAAGAGAAUGUAAUGGAAAAGCGAAACUGCAGAUUUAAAUUAGAAUUAAAACAAAAUUAAGAAGCUGAACGAAAUACAAAGAAUUUCAUAAGUAGGGAAUACAAUAAAAAUUAAUUGAAUUAAACAAUUGAUUGAAACAAUUGUUAUUGCAAAAACAAAAGAAAAAACAAAACAAAAUAUAUGUAUGUAUAUUUUAAGUAUGACAAAAAUCUAGAAUCACCGCGAUACAUAGAAAUUGUUAGAUGUGAAUGUGAACAAAGGAAAAAGAACAAAAAAACUAUUUUUACACUUGUUGUUAUUACUUUAUUUAGAAAAUAAGUAACACGUCCCCCGUAUAACACGUCCCGGCAUAACAGCUGCAAAAGAAGAUUUGAAAUUAUUAUUCUAAUCAACAGGACAAGAUAAUCCAUCCCGAGGAGAUAAUCGAUAAUAUAGCUGAAUUGUUUAUGCAAAACUUAUUUUGCGAAAACGCUUAAGAAAAAAUAAAA